AUGAUAGCCCUUAAAAUCUCAGGUCUUCAACAUUUGUCAGAUGCUCCCAAAAGAUUUCAAGAUAUAAAGGAAAUUAUUACCUUCUUGAUGAAACAAAACCGCAUAAUUCCAAAUCUAAUGCCUUCAUUAAUCAGUGGAAAUUUCCAUCCAAAAUGCGAUGCCGGAUGCGCUGCUAAAAGAUUAAGUGUUCCUAACACGUCUGCUUUAGAUUUCAUCCCAAAUGUUGAGUUUUCACCAAAUCCUGCGAUAGUCUGUUUGAUAUGGAAAGGCGGUGAUGAGCUGAAUGUAUUAGGAGUACAGUGCGCACCAUGUGGAACUACUCAAUUACAUUCAGUAGUUGUUAUGAGAAAUAAGACGAAAAAUCGCCAUUUUUAUAAUUUCAUUAGUUCAAUAAUUGGCAGAAAGUACCACAAAACUGACCGAAAUGCUUCGUGCAGUGGUUCGGAAGCAAUUUACGAAUGCAAUUUCUCACUGGUAGAAUUUACUGUAUAUAUAUUCCUAUAUAUGCAGAAAUUGCAUGUAUGUCCAUAUACUUGUGGACACGUUAUUACAUGUUUGAAUUUGAUUACAUACAUAUGUAUGUCUAUAUAUGGUUGGAAUGUAUUUUGGACUAUAAAAUUGAAUAAAUAUAUGUUUAUGCAUAUAUUGGUACAUGAUUUAUUCAUAAUUUUUUUGUAUAUGCAUGCUUAUACAUGUGCAAGAAUGCAUUUUGGUCUUAUUGAAAUUUAG